GCCCAUCCGUGUGCAGCGCAAGUUUCAAUACGGGUGGCUACAGAGAUAGAGCUGCUAGUGCAAGCUGUGUGGUUCCUCUUACUUCCUGUAAAACUAGCAAGGCUGAAGAAGUAGACCGCUAUGCGUUGUUUGAACUCAUUCUCAUCCCUGCUUUCUUAGCUGCAAUGUUUUCACAGACUCUUCUUUCGAGAAUAGUUUGUCUUCCAGGACUCCCAUGAAACAGCUCUAUGAGGAUCAGCGAGUGCCUGCUCUUCAACCAGAAUGACCACAGAGGUGAAUGAUUAAACGUACGCUACCUUCUGCUAAUCUAAUGAAAUGCACCUCUAAAGCUGAGAAAGCCAUCAGUUUGUUUGGGAUUACUUUCGACUGCAUUUGCCAUAAAGCAUAAAACAAAAGCUUCAGACUCCACCAGACUGAGCACAAUGACCACUCUUGAUGACUACCACUUUCAUCCUAUUGACUACGACCAAAAGCUAGAACAGCGUGCUGUGAAGCACAGGAAGCUUGGGGAUCGAAACAAUGUGACAACCUGCAGAAGUCCAACCAGAGACCUGGAUACGAGAUGGAUUAAGAAUGAACUGCACCGCAAAAGGCAGGAGGAGUUUUGUAAGAGGAGACCUGCCGGCUGUGGCUUUAGUGCACUGUUAUCUACGAGGGCAAGGCGUAAUUUUUUACGAGAGGAAGAGUACGUGACGCAGACAUCCACGUCAUUCAGACGGCAUUUGAUGGCAGGUCAAAGGAUCAGCUCAAUUAAGCAGUCAGUCCAGACCGCUUCAGAGAAUGAUGAGAAUGCACUGGGACGGAAACAAGAGGGUGUUGCAGGUGUCCUCGAUUCACUCCGGCAGAAAGGGAAAGCAAAGAAAGAGCGAUCUCUUCUCAGAGACAUUACUCAACUCACCAACACCCAGAGGACACUAUACACUGCGAGUGCUCAGACAGAGUCGGGCAUUGCCACUGUCAAAGAAGCGGAUGUUCAUCAGUUGGCAGACUAUUUGGAGGAGGCUUUGUACAGAGAGGAGGCUCUGAAAAAGAAGCUAGCCACCCUUCAGAGGAGCGCCUCAACGUUACUGCGCUCCACCGAACUACUGUGGAAGACUCGCUGUGAUGAAGAUGUGCUGAAGAGCAAGAUCAAGGCACUGGAGGCUCAGCUGCAGCUCUGCAUGAAGAGGCUUCCCCAGGAUGAAGUGAAGAAGGUGGUACUGCAGAUGGAGAAGGAGAAGGAGGAGUAUGAGCAGAAGGCCUUGGAGGCCAUUCACAGAGCUACAGAGGAGAGUGCAGAGGCCCAGAGCAAGAUGCAGAACAUGCAAGAGGCACUCCAGGCAGCCCAAGCUGAGUCAGCACGGUGGCAGAAGCUGUGUGAGGAGCUGAGGCAAAGCUCCAGCCUGCUGAGGAAGAGUCAGGACCAGUGUACUGACCAGCUCCUUCAGCUACAGAACCACUUGGAGCGUUCCAGAGAGCAGGAGGAGUCACUGAGGGAGCAGUGUGAGAUCCUGCAUCAGGAUGGAGCAGAGUUACGCUCCAAUAUUUCUCUUCUAGAGCAGGACAACCACAGCCUGAGAGAACAGAUUGAAGAACUUUCAGAGCACAGUCAUGGAUCAUGGAAUAAUAUCACAGAUGUGCACAAGCAGGGACAAGUGUUGGACCAGCUUCUUGGGACAGAUAACAGCUUAGCUGAGCAGCUUCGUCAGGCUGAAAUGAGACUCAGCUUGAAGGAGAAAGAGUGCAUGGAGCUGAAGGCCGAGCUGGAGGCGCUGGAGCAGGAGUGCUAUAGUUACCAGAGUCGUCUGACCCAGUGUCGAGAAGAGCUGAACACACUAAGCGCUCGCAAGAGCAGUAGCAGAACCAAGAGACGCUGCUGUGGUUCCUUUAUCUGCCUGACUAUGUUCUUCUUGCUGAUGCUGGUCGCGGUAAUGGCUGCUGUCUGGAUCUACCAUCCCCCAAUCAGAGAUCAGCUGUGGGACUUUUACUCUGUCGUAGAGGAGAAAGUGGAGGACUACCUAAUGCAAGCAGCCUCUGCACAACAUGCAGUCUGCCUUAGACCUAUCUGACAGUCACCUCGAACAAGAGAGAGACAUUAUUACAUCCACAAGUGUCUUUAUAGUUGUUUUGGUUUAUAUUUAUUGUCAUGAAUACUAUGUCAUUUAUUUAUCAUGAUAUAGGUCCGUGUAUGUACAAUAGAUUAGCAAGUCUUUCACAAUCCAUUCUACAGUACUAUCAGCUGAAAUCAGUUCAGUCUGUUUAAAAAGCACCAAAACAUCAAAUGUUUUAUCUUUCUAUGGUUUACAGUGAGUUUCUGUAGUUAUCCUCAUACAUAAUAAGGUUUACUUUUGCUUACUUGUUUUUCUUUAUCUAUACAUCAAGGUUUUUCUUUAUCUAUACAACAAGGUUUUCGACAUGAAAAUAAACCCAUUUUCAACAUGA